CUUCUAGCCUAAAGUUUCUUUAUUUAUUCUGGCCUAUGAUAUGCCACCAUUUGCCACAUGGGGGCGCUUUACACAUCAUACUGUGUUGCCUUGCGUGUUCAGAAAUCCAGUUUAUUGACGCCUAUUUACUGUUCCAGCACGACACAUGUUCACAUGUCUGAGGAUCCAGCUAGAAUUCUCUGUUGACGGUCAUAUUUGCGUGUUUGUAUUCGCCGUAUUUCUAAAUAUUAUGAAAAACGUGUUUCCUCCCUCUAACAGCAGGUUGCUGGUGAGUCAUCACCUCGGUUGCGCAUUUACUUGACCGUCUGCACAUGGGCUUUAAACUUGGCACUCGCUCGCUGUUUGGCACGGCUCCGUGUUUACCGUCAGUUCUCUUGUCAGAGAGCGAGCAGUCACGGUGAGCCACGCCUAUUGGCCACGUGCUCCCUCAGCCAAUCUCCGCGGCCCUCCCCGCAGCACACGCUCCGUAUUUUGCAUAAAAUGUGUAUCAGUGGGACAGCGCUCCAUCCGGCACAUGCAGAGCGCACAUGUAGCGUGGCCUCCACUGAACACGCACCACGGUCGAAUAAGCGCAUCAGACUCCCCUCAGCCCCCAGAUCCCCGCCAGUGAGCCAAUGAGAGCGCACAAAAGCGCAGAAAGGGGAGAGAGGUAGAGAAAAGGACUCCGCGAGACACGGAGAGUGAGCCAAAGCCCACACAAACAGACCCAAAGCCAGUUGGGUUGCGAGGGGAAAAAGGCGGUCACAUUUCCUGCUCACCUGCAAACGUGAUUGAUGUGGGUGUGUGUAUCAGUGGGUGUGUGUGUCAGGCCUGCCACUCUCACGCUGGUCACAGAUAUGCUGACUCCACUCUCCGAGAAUUAUUGAGAAUCGUUUAAUCUUCGCUCGUGCAGCGACACGCGCUUCCUAACCGUGAGGGGGCAGUUUCCUGAGCUCAGAAGGCAGUCAGGUAUCUGUGAGGAGACCAGCCUGCAGUCUAACUCCACCACAGAGGAACUCGCGCAUCCAUCUCUCGCACUUUACCGAGGAGGACACAACUUUGCGCGCAACGGGACACAUUUUCCUUGCUGCUUCCACUUUUCUUUUUUGUGCAUUCUAUGGAGCAGGUGCUACGCACAGAACUCUUUAAUUUUAUAGUCCUUCUUCAAAAGACUUUCGUUCAAGUUUAGUGACAUUCCAAGUCCACUGCUGUCGACUUUCUUACGGUUGAAGCUUUCAAGACAAAGACUAGAGAUGGACAACAGCCCCGGUGGUGGUGGAGGAGUCAUCCUGUAUGCAGGGUCCUCUGGCAGUGCCAGCCCAAGCCCAGGCAGCCCCUCCAGUGGGUACCAGACCCAGUCCCCUUCCUCACACUCCCAGCCCUCCUCUCCAGAGGAGGUUACCUUUACAGAGAUCGGGGCCCUAAAGCAGGGGAAGGCAGCUGGGUGCAGCACUCCAUCCUCCAAACUGGUGUUCCAGUUUCCAGAGGUCUACAAUGGCCCUUCGGCACCAGCGGCUACUUCUCAGCAUUCCUUUGCUCAUUCCAUCACAGCCAAGAGGUCCUGUGGCUUCACUGGAACCUUUACCAAAACAGGUGGGAUGGUCCUGCUUUGCAAGGUCUGCGGCGACAUCGCCUCUGGCUUCCACUAUGGCGUUCAUGCAUGUGAGGGCUGCAAGGGCUUCUUCCGCCGCAGCAUCCAGCAGAACAUCAACUACAAGAUGUGUGUGAAGAACGAGAACUGUCUGAUCAUGCGUAUGAACCGGAACCGGUGCCAGCACUGCCGCUUCAAGAAGUGCCUCUCCGUCGGCAUGUCGAGAGAUGCAUCCUCCCGCAACACUGUUACCUUUACGCUCCUGUUCGCUGUGCGUUUUGGCCGCAUCCCCAAGAGAGAGAAGCAGCGACUUAUGGAUGAGAUGCAGAGCUACAUGAACAGCCUGAAUGAGUCGGCUGCCAUGGACAUGGACUCUUCAGUGAGAGACAGUCCCAUCAACACAGAUGAUUGCAACUCAAAAGAGGCCAUCGGGGCCAUUUCCAGAGCCUACCACGACAUCUUCACCAGCGGCAGCAACAACGAAAGAUCGUCCAGCAGGGCCAACGUUACCUCCAACAACAACACCUCUCCCUUCUCUGAGGAUGGCAGUUUUCCUCAAGUUUCUUCUCAGCCCUCCCAUGUCCAGAGUUAUCAGUCUUGUCCUGUUGCCCCUGCUUCUAAUGAUAACCAAGCUACAUUUCAUAGUGUGGACAACAAUCACUACUCGUAUUUAGUAUCGACAAAUCAGAAUCAUAACCAGUCAAAUGCCACGCCUCAAAGGAGCAGCUCUGCCAAUCACAACAGUUUCCGCAACGGAGGAAGUCCCCAAAAUCAGCCCACCUGCCCGUGGAAAUUACCUCCAGGAGCUAAAGUCCUCGCCUGUCCGCUCAACGCAUGCCCAGUUUCAGGGGCGGAACGCAAAAGUCAGGAAAUCUGGGAGUCCUUCUCUCAGUGUUUCACCCCUGCUGUCAAGGAGGUGGUGGAGUUUGCCAAGGGGAUCCCCGGAUUUCAAGAACUAAGCCAGCAAGACCAGGUCAUGCUGCUAAAAUCAGGCACCUUCCAGGUUCUCAUGGUGAGGUUUUGCACCUUGUUCAAUGCUGAGCAGCGAACUGUGACCUUCCUGAAUGGCCAAACGUACCCCCUGUCCACCUUGCGGGCUUUGGGCAUGAGCUCUCUGCUGGAUGCAAUGUUUGAAUUCAGUGAGAAGUUGGGCUCCCUUGGGUUGGAGCCUGAUGAGAUGGCCCUCUUCAUGGCUGUGGUGCUGGUAUCUGCAGAUCGUUCUGGCAUAUCAGACAUGCAGGCCGUGGAGCAACUUCAGGAAGGACUCAUUCGGGCCCUUCGGUCCCUGAUCACUCGCCGUCGCCCAGACGACUCCAAUCUCUUCCCCAAGCUGCUCCUGCGACUGCCGGACCUGCGGACCCUCAACAAUAUGCACUCUGACAAACUGUUGGCGUUUCGUAUCGUCCCCUAAAAGGAGCAGCCAGUCGCGGAACAUAUAUAAUACUGUAUACAAAUAUACAAUUAUGCACACACAAAGACUUUUUUCUUCCAGGACUUCCUUUAACAUUUAGGAACAAAGAAUUAUGCAAGCUGAGGUAUGUUUUUUAAAAGGUUAUUGAGAGCAGUGAGCAUACAAAUACAUACACACAAAGUCAUGUACAUACAUAAGCCUUUACAUCUCCUGAGAGAUAUUGUUUCAGCUUAGAAAAUUAAGAAAAAAGCAAAAGUAGAAUAACUAUGACCAUUUCUGACAGAUCAUCUUUUCAUUUGCUCAUUAUAUCCACUCUAAUUAAUGAUUUAAGAUGGUUAACUUCUGUGUAUUCCUUCAGUUUAUAACAGGCCAUCACUAAGCAGCAUCUCAAGAAAGGAUAUUGUAGAUUAAAAAAGUUAUUACUUAGGGACCAUUGGUUAUAAUUGUAUGAGUUUUUAUGUAAAAUAAAGGGAACUUGUAAAUAAUACAUAAUGAAACCUGAAGUAUUAAGGCAAUCGUGUUGUCACCUACAUACCAUCUGCAUUCACUGGAAGGAGACCACUAUUUAAUGUGUCACUUGUACACAGUAGAAUGUAUUCUCUGUCUUGAAUUUUUUUCUAAUUCUCCGGGAACCAUUUAUAUUAUCGCCAUUUAAGAGAAACAUUUUGUUUGUGUCACUGUAUUGCAUCACAUAUGGACUCAUGGAAAUAACUCACGGACUUUGAGGUUCCUUUAUGUAUCAUUGUUGCUGUAUAUAUUAUUUUACCCAAAUGUCUAUGUAUUAUUUGCAGAAAAGAUUUGAAAAGAUCAGAAAUGCUGUAGUAGUGUGGAAUGAAUAAGAAUGUAUAGACCUUCUUGAACUAAGUGGGGGUCUGGCUAUGCCAGGGGGGCUUUGUGAAGAAUUUGUACGAGGGAUUCCCAGACAGCUUAAACACAUGGUUCUGCUAUUAGAUUAUGUAACCAACCAGCAUAAACCUCGAAAUCACCAGCACCCACUCCACAAGCACGCUUCCUCUGCCCCAAUGUUUGUCAUACAAACACAAGAGAUAUUUUUGGGUGAGAGAUCUAAUUUGAUUGGUUCUCUCACUGCUAGAUUGUUUGAUUACAGUUGAUUGAGCACAUCUUGUACAUUUUGUAAUUAUUUUCUUCCUAAAUAGAGAUUAUACAAUGAUAUAAAGUUCAAAUUAUGCAUUAUUCUGAUUUUGUGUCCUUCUUU